CAAUUUGUCUAUUAAACCUAAUCAACGGUACACACCUGAAAGUCCGUCUUACAAUUUCCACCCGCUGCCUUACGCAUGCCACACGGAUUCUGCCACUCUCAAUAUACAUAUAUAGGGUGUCAACAAUUUAGUUCCUUACCAAUUCUAUUUGUCUUUUGGACAAUCUCAUAACACACCAGGACAAUUAUACAUAUUUUUUCUCUUGAUUGAUCAUAAGACUAAUUCAUGGCAGAAUACAAACAGCACCAACGCCUAUUUGGCCGUUUUGAUAAGAACAGAGACGGGAAAAUAUCAGCCGAGGAGCUUCAACAAUGUGUCCACUUGAUCGGCAAAGACAUGUCGUAUGAGGAAGCAAAGGCUGCAGUUGAGCUCAAUGAUUCGGACAAUGAUGGCUUGUUGGAUUUCGAAGAUUUUGUGAGAUUAAUUGAAGGUGGAAGCGAAGAAGAGAAGACGCACGAGUUGAAGGAGGCGUUCAGGAUGUAUGAAUUGGAAGGAUGUGGAUGCAUAACGCCUGAGAGUUUGAAUAGAAUGCUUGCUAGAUUGGGAGAAUCAAGAACAAUUGAUGAAUGCAGAGGAAUGAUUUGCCGCUAUGAUAUUGAUGGCGAUGGGCUCCUUAAUUUUGAUGAGUUUGAGAUUAUGAUGCGUUGCUAGUAAUACUGAGGGGUUGGUUUCUCAAUUUUUCACGUUAUUAUCUCAUAAAGUCGUCUUUCUUUCUGAUUUCAAUUUCCGAAAAUGACUUUCUGAGAUAAUAAUUAUUAGUCGAGUAACCAUUGAGAAAUCACUCUAUACUAGUUAGAGACCUAGUUGUUUGCCCUUGCUACUUUGUUUCUGCUUUCUUUGAUUCUUCUAUUCUUUCAGUAUUUUGGUUGAUCUGUGGAUGACUCAUUCUUUCUGUAUAUUUGUAACAGAUUACACAUAUAUAUUUGUUAUUUUUCUCCAUUAAAUCCCACAUUUUGUGCUUGAUAA